GAAAGGGAGACGCGCUCGUAUUCACGGUUGCUGAUUAAGUGCAGGACUGAAAGACAGGACACAGAGGAUAUCAGAGAUCUCGCGAGAGCGGCCGCGUGGCUGGCUGGCUGGCUGUGAGGUUGCAGCAGACGGAGGGAGAAGGCAGGCAGGCAUCAUGGCGGACAGAGACAGUGGAAGUGAGCAGGGAGGAGCGGCUACGGGCCCGGCUCUGAGCUCCAUGCACGCGGUGGCAGGAGGGGCGGGCUCGGCUUCCGGCCUGCAGCACGACACGCAGGAGCUCGCGUCCAAGCGCGUCGACAUCCAGAACAAGCGCUUCUACCUGGACGUGAAGCAGAACGCGAAAGGCCGCUUCUUAAAGAUCGCUGAAGUGGGGGCCGGUGGCAAUAAGAGCCGCCUGACGCUCUCCAUGUCGGUGGCCGUCGAGUUCCGAGACUACCUCGGGGACUUCAUCGAGCAUUACGCGCAGCUGGGGCCCAGCAACCCGGACGCGGUACAAGACGAACCGAGGCGCGCACUCAAGAGCGAGUUCCUGGUGCGCGAGAAUCGGAAGUAUUACAUGGAUCUGAAGGAGAACCAGCGCGGCCGCUUCCUGCGGAUCCGACAGACGGUAAACCGGGGGCCUGGCUUGGGCUCGGCGCAGGGCCAGACCAUCGCACUCCCGGCGCAAGGGCUCAUCGAGUUCCGUGACGCGCUCGCCAAACUUAUCGACGACUACGGCGUAGAGGACGAGCCGGCCGAGCUGCCCGAAGGCACGUCGCUCACUGUGGACAACAAGCGCUUCUUCUUCGACGUGGGCUCCAACAAGUACGGCGUGUUCAUGCGCGUGAGCGAAGUGAAGCCCACGUACCGCAACUCGAUCACGGUGCCGUACAAAGUGUGGGCCAAGUUCGGCAGCACGUUCUGUAAAUACGCCGACGAGAUGAAAAAGAUCCAAGACAAGCAACGGGAGAGGAGGGUCUGUGAGCAGCAGCAACAACCGGGAGAGAUGCACCCGGACGACGGGGAUGAGGAUUGAUAAUGACCGGGGUGUUGGGAGGGAGGAUAACAAACAACAUGCAAAAAAAAAAAAAAAAAGGAAAAAAAUAUUUACGAUCAAAACGACGCGUAAAAACGAACUUUACUGUACAAAUGAAAAGUUAAAGAUUUAACUGUAACGGUUUAACUCCAAGGGGCAGUAAGUAUCCACAAACAUACAACAAACCUCCACAAGAUGACAGGUGCAACUCGUACCCAUCACUGGAUGUGAUCCACUUACCCACCAUUAAUACAGUAAGCGGCUGCUAAACAGAGUAAUAACAUUAUAUAUGAACUGUUUCCUACUUGACUACAGAUAAAGAACUGAGUGGUUUAUUUCCCUUAUUAACCAAGAACUUUUAUACACAUCAAAGAUAUUAUAAAAGUGUUUGCAAUGUUCAAAUGGAAUUAUUGAAACAUGAAGCAGGGGGGAAGUCCUUUACAUGUAAGCUAAUAACUUCAGCACAAAUCGGAUUGUUUUUUUUUUGUUUUAUUUUAUGUUGUCUCCUUUUUUUUAAAAAAGAAAAACGCAAAAAAAUUCUAUUACGAGGCUGUCAUGGUAACCAUGCCACUCCUAUGUUAAAAGCAUCACCUGAAGGUUAAUCAGACGUCAGUGAGCGAGCGUACAAAGCCGUGGGGACGGGUUAACUCUGGCAAGUGCUCACGGGAUAACUGCAGGUUAUUCGUAGACCUGUUCGACUGGACUGUGGUCCUUGACGUGGAGAUCUGCGGCCUAUCUAACCCCUUUUUUUUGUUGUUGUUGUUGUUGUUUUUCCCUCCCAAUGAAAUAACUGUCCUGCAGAUGAGUAUACUAUGUACUUGUUGUCAUGCGAAGCGUGUAGACGGAUUUAUAAAAGGUACUUUAAACAAAGAGAAGCCGUGACGGCAGACAGUUUUGUAAUGGAAACUUUUCCCCGAAACUACCAGGCCCUUGGAUGAAGGUGCAAAGAAACAUGAAAAUGCUAAUGUAAGAAAAAAAAAAGAAUUUUUUUUAUAUAUAUAUAAAUAUAUAUGUAGAGAGAAUUAUGAUUUUGUGAGUCAGCUGUAUUUCAGUGCUUACAGAGAAGAUAAUACCCCACGUUUUUAGUGGGGGAAUUAAAUAACAAUCUCUAGAAGGAUUUAAAUAUUAUAUAAGUCUACCAAUGAGAGUAUGAGUGGCGCCAAGGAAUGCUGUUGUUGCAUGUUAACCUAUACACAGCUACAUUGAGGUGGAUUUCUCAAUGUGUGUCCUCGAGGACCUUCUAUUUAGUGAUUUCAUAGACGGCGUCCUGUCAGUGAUGUUUGGUCACUUAGUUGAUCUCUGUUCUAGCUGUAAAUACAGUAUCCGAUCCUUGACUGUUUGAUCAUACAUGAACGACAGGUCUGUUGCAAUGAAAUCUCCCCCUCUCUCUCUCUCUCUCUCUCUCUCUCUCUCAGGGGUCCUUUAGGACCUGUGUUGGGGAGAGCCCUAGUCGGACAUACAAGGGUCCACAACGAAGCUCGAUAAUGUUGGUACGUUUCCCGUUUUGAGAAAUGUAGCAGGACGAACUUGGAAUGGAGUGCGUUUGUGGGUAUGGUGCAUCUCCAGACAUCUCAGAAUCCACACACUUAUUGAAAAGAGGUGCCUCUGAAAUGAAAAGUUGACCAUAUUAUUUGCUCAUGAAGGAAACCAAGCAGUAUCAGCACAUUUUAUAUUUACUCAUUCAGCUUUCUUUUACUCACGUUGAGUCUUCAGGCCUCGGCACAUAUUUAAAGUGCUCGUUUUAAGAGACUUAAUCCUGUAUGUUGACGUAAUUCCUUCUGAAACACAAAGUCGGCAUGACGUCACGUCGAUUUAUACAGCAGCCAUUAGAUCUGUCACUCUCCUGCCGAAUGUAAACGCACAUAACGGGAGCUUGGAGAAUUAAUUAAAAAUGGAGAAGCAAAGAGUUUAAUCAGAACCGGGGAGGAUUCAAUCACACCAUUUGACUCUUUAUUAAUCUUCAAUGAUGACGGCUUGUUUCUGGAGGUAUGCUGCUGCACGUUUUAGCCGAGGUCCACCAUCUUUAUAGAGUCGAAUGGUAAUAGAGGUAUCCCGUGAUGAGUGGUAGGAUCAUAGCUAAAUAACGAUCAAUAUUUAUACAUAAUUUUGUGUAAGCUGUUGCACAGUAUAGAGCAAGACCUGCCUCCUGGAAUGAGACCUGUAUACUGUUUUAGACAGCGUUUAGUUGCAUGAUCAUCAGUAAAUUCAAGACGUCUGUAAUCGUGCCAAAAUUUAGAAAAUCUUCCCGUGUUUUUGCAGGCUAUUUUUAGAUAUAGUAUCAUUUGACGUCCAUAACAUUUUAAGAGACGGGCACAGCGAGCUCUGAAAUGGCAAUUUUGACUUGAUGGGCACUUUAAACACAAAACAACAAGCUCUGUUACGCGCUUACAAGCUCUGUUUCGUAUAGGCUGUUACGUAUGCAGUUCACCCAGUUACCAUUGGCGUGAAUGGCAAAUGAACAGUAAGCGAAGCGUCAGUAGCCUACAAUAUCCAUUUGCUUCUCAUGUACAUAGUGGAAACCAGCCUAAUAUCAUCCUUUAAGGGCAUAAAGUAUUUGAUCGAAGGACAGUGAAACGGUGCAAAACAGUAACAAUGACCGCUUGAACGUUCCUCUGAGCUGCUCGGUCCGAUAGUAACUGAAGAACUCAGUUUGUAAGAUGUAGCUCUGCAGGUUGGCCAUACCCACAAGCAGAAACUUCUAUUUCAGCAAGCUGCAAGGCUCAAAAUCAGCAGGACGUGCAACAGGUUGUAAAGCUUGACCUUCGGCCAUUGUGUGCCCGACUAGGAAAGCCGACUUUAAUGUUACUUGUUGGGGAGCAUACUCUUCAGCAUUGGUGCCUUAUACUCCACAUGCUUACACGCUGGCUGGUGCUUUGGAUCAAAGUUUGGGUUCUUGUCGUUCCUUUUUUUUUUUUUUUUUAAACUUGUUGGGCAUGCUUUCCUCACACACCAUUGCCUAACUCCUCUCUUUUUUUUUUGACUUGCUUAGUGUCCUAAAGAUAAUAUGGGCGUUUCGCACAUUUGUAAAGCUCCUGACCCUCAGCCUUUCCCUGACUACUGACUCAGUCUCUCCCUUCCCACGCUGUCAUUGAAACGCAUCUAAGCGUCAGCCCACAUGUAAACUCCGACAUGGGUUGGUAGCCUUGAAAAUGCAGUACAGUCUUUGCACUGCUCUUUACAUGUCAGACUUGGGGAAGCGGCACACGGGAGAACGGUUUGUGGGCUAGGUUUGGCUCCAGGUGCCCAAUUUUGACCUAUUAUGAGAUCGUCUGCUCACAGCUCUUAAUCUUGGCAGCAGUUUGUCAGUGGCUGAAUUCCUCAUUUACAGGGUAUGACCAGCAUGUCCUGCCCCUCCCCUCCAUUCUUUGACUUUCCACAGCACUUGUCUUUUUGGCUUUUUUGUUUUCUUUCCAUUAUUUCAUUACUGUGUGCAAUAUAAAAUGUGCCAAUGGUGGCAUUAUUAUGAUGUAUAUCAAUUAAAAGACAUGGGUUAAUAUUUGAGAGCAUGUGGCUGAAUUCCACAUUUUAUUUUCCUGAGGUUUGAAAAGCCUUUAUCUGCACUUCUAAUGAAAAGGUCUGGGUUUAGAAGAGAAGAAAACAAGCUUAAUGAGCAAACUUCACCCAACCUGGUCAAACUAACCUAGAGCAGUUAACUAGCACUUUUAGAGAUCAUCCAUAUGCUCCAUGUAAUCUUUCCAUUUCUCUGAACGCGAGAAGGGAGGUGGAGCGGGAAUGAUGAUGAUUUAUGAUUGGUUGGUUAUAAAAGUGGAACUUGUGUUUGGGCCUCAGGGCCAAGGCAUUACACGUGUAUUCGUGCUCCUCAAUUGGUUUUUUAAUCUAUGGGAAAGCUUGGAUGAAGGUGUCUGGUGGACUUGCUUGUCGUCAGUGGUUGAUGUCAGUAGCACAUCACUUUCCCAACUGGGGGGGAGUUCUGACCAAUCUUUGUUUGAAAAUUCUCUGAACAAGGAAUGUCUAGUGCAAUUUCUCUUUAUUUUCCUUUUCUCUUCUGUUCCUUCCCUUUGCAAGAAUGAUUACUGAGCAACACGUUUGGUGGUGAUGCGUCAAAUAUAAUUUAUGUACAUUUUACAAAUUUUAAAAUAAAAGAAAUGUUAAUUUAA